AUGGUCAAGCCACAUAUAAUAUCUCCACUUCCUUUCCCCUGGUCUUCAGGUCCCAAGGACGUCAUAAUGUACUACCUGAUGUCCUUAGGGGUAUCAGACCUGGUGGCGGGGGUGGUGGUCGUCCCCCUGAGCGUAUAUCCGGCCCUCGUUCAGCGCUGGGUCUAUGGCGACGCCGUCUGUGGUCUAGCCGGCUACCUGGAGACCACGGUCUGGUUUGCCCAACUCUGUACCUUCAUGUGGAUCAGCGUGGACCGGUACCUUGCUAUACGGAAACCACUAAGGUACGAGACGGUGCAGACUAAAACCAGAUGUCAGUGCUGGGUAGUGUUUACUUGGAUAACAUCCAUGAUGCUGUGCUGCCCGCCCCUGCUAGGCUUUAAUAGUUCCUCUCACUGGGACGCUGAAGCUUAUGUGUGCUGGCUAGAUUGGGGCAGCAUGAUAGCCUACGCCUUCACCCUCAUUCCCAUGGUGCUGGGACCCACGCUCAUCACGCUCUUCUACACCUAUGGCUACAUCUUCAACACCAUGCGCAGGCUCAAAACUUGUGUGGUGGGGCAGGAUAAGGAGUUCAUCACGGCGCUUACCUCCAACCUGGCCAAUCCAGACCACGCCAUGUCUUUCGUGCUGGUGCUUGCUUUCUGGCUAUCGUGGGGCCCGUGUGUUGGAGUGAGGACCUAUGAAUACCUCACCGGCCAUCAUAUUGAUGUGAGGUUCCUCCAUUUCGCAGUGUUUUGGCUAGGGGCUCUUAACUCUUGCUGGAAAUCUAUUAUUUACAUUGCCAUGAGCCCGAAGUUCCGGCGUGGUCUAAAGCUGUUCUGCCUCUCGUUGUGCUGUCAGCGGAAGGCUCGGAAUGCAGAACUCAUCUUGGAUUACUAGAACAACCCAGGACUUCCGUGUAUAACUUCUUCCAUGUGUUCCCAUAACUUUAGCGAGUAAUGAAGCUUUUCUAGCGUGUCAAGUUGUCUUAGUGAGGAGCUUUAGAAGACAAAUCGCGGGUGAAUGCAUUUAAUGCUCAAUCCAUUAACUCGAGCACUGGUGGACUGCUACUGGAAUAAUGAUCAGUGCUAGCUUUAUCAAAAAAUAAAUAUGAUUUUUUGUACUUGACAAUCUUAGGAUGAAUGUUAGCGUGUUUAGGCUCCGCUGGUCCCUGGGCCAGCGGGAUUACACAUUGUUGUCUAUCGUACUGUUCGUUCUUGUUGGGAUGUUUGCGUGUGAUAGACAGACUUUAGGGUUUCAUAAACAUAUCAGUGUCUAAGAACUAGCCGCGUCCAGGAACUACAUUUAUGUGCGAAUGUCUAUAUUUUUUAGAUUUAUGGAUGCCUUUUUUUUAAGACGCAUUUGUUCUUUAUUAAUGAUAUACAAGUGUACACUCUUGUGAAUGUUUUAUGAUUUAGACUGAAGGCAUAUAUGUAUGCCAGUGGAGAAGCACAGUUUUUUUGUGAGUUGAUAUGCCAGCUUGUGAGUAGUUAUGUUCCAUCAUUAACACUCGCUGUAACUUAUUAUUGUGAAGGUAUCUAAGAGUUUGUUUCCAUUGCUUUGAUAAAUUAUGUUAUGAUAUCCUUGUCGUUGGUAUACUUCCUCUGGUAUAACCAAAGCAGUGGGAAGUUCACAGCAGUGGCCCAGUCUUUAUGUUUUAGUGUUUGGACAGGCUAUACAUAACGUAAAUAUGAUUUACGAUUAUCCCGCCCCUCAUGGUAAACACGUAUCAAACUUGCUAGGAAACACACACACACACACACACACACACACACACACACACACACUCACACACA